CGUAAGACAUUCAAACAACAGGUACUGAAAAUUCUGAACACAGUGAGUGUCUGCGAGUCAUCUUAUAGUAUUCUGCAAUAAAUAUUUUAAAGCACUCAGAUAGCAUUAUGUAGUGUGCAAUUGGACAAUUACUGUAAUCAUGUACAAAUCUGAUACAUAGCUCCGUGCCGAAUUUUGCAGUAACUUUCUGGUCAAACUGGUCAACUAUCUGGCGGAUAAUAUAAAAUUACAGAAAAUGUUUAUAACGUUUACCUCUUUUCUCCUAUUUUAUUCUUCCUUAACGAUGGCCUGCUUUCCUCAACAGUUAUCAAACGGUAUAGAUGAUAACGAAUAUUGUUUAACUCCUGAGUGUGAAAAUAUUGCGAAAAUUUAUGCAGCUUCAAUUAAUAAAAGUUUUGAUCCUUGUGAAGAUUUUUAUUCUUUCGUGUGUCACGGAUGGAAAGAAAAGCAUAAAAUUCCAACUAGAAAAUCUCAAUGGGACAUGUUUUCCAAAUUAUAUUUCAAUGUUUUAGAACAAUUACAUGAAUCGCUGGAGUACUUAAAUUUAGCGACAUCAGAGAUAGAGAAAAAAGUUCAUAACUUAUAUAAAGGCUGCAUGAGAGAAACAAAUACAGAGUCCUCGGGGAUAAAACAGCUUAGAAAAAUUUUGAAUAAUCUCGGUGGUUGGCCGAUUCUUGGUUACGGAUUACAAGAUAAUUACGAUUGGCUGAAUUCUUUAGUCUGGAUAACAAAAAAUCUUGGUGCUAAAACUUUUAUAUUAAGUUUAUAUGUUGCUCCCGAUAGAAAAAAUACAUCAAAAUAUAUUUUAUACAUAGAUCAAUCUUCUUUAGGCAUCGGAAUGAACGAAUUGUUGAACACUUCUUCGAGUGGCAAAGUAAGAACAGACAUUGAUUAUUACAGAGAGAUAAUAUUAAAUAUUGUUUAUCGUUUACAUUCGUGGAAAGACAUAUUUACGAUAAGAAAGGAAAUUAACGAAUUGAUUGAGUUCGAAGCAUCUUUGGCCAGUUUUAGCAAAUCCAACGUUGAACGAAAAGAUAAAGAAAAAUUAUACAAUAAAAUGACAGUUCGUGAGUUGCAAGAAAUUUUUGGACCAAAUGUUAAUAUCACUUAUUACUUAGGAAAAGUUCUAGAAGAUAUCUUUAAUGUGUCAGAUGAUAUGGAAAUUGUAGUACCAGUACCAGAAUAUAUGAAAAAAUUAGGUGAAUUAAUCGGAAAAACUAAUAAAAAAGUAAUUGCAAAUUACAUCGGUUGGAGAGUUAUGCUUAGAUUUAGUUCAUUUACAAUAAAAUCCUUUCGAGACUAUAAAUAUGGACUGAUGACUAAUCCUAUAGGAUCAGAGAGAGAAAAACCUUUGCAUGAGUAUUGUUUAGAAACAAUCAACAUGUUAUUAGAGUAUGCUUUAGGAAGUAUCUAUGUGAAAAAUCAUUUUUCUCAUGAUAUUAAAGCCGAUAUUCUAGAAAUGGUGAAAGAAGUAAAAUACGCAUUUAAAGAUAUAAUACAAGAAUCCGAAUGGAUAGAUUAUCAAACAAAAUCUGUAGCACUGAGAAAGUUAAAGCAUAUGAUACCGAUUAUCGGUUAUCCAUCAUGGAUAGUAGAUGACGAUAAAAUACAUAGCUAUUACGAAAUGCUGGGAAAUAUUACAGAAGAUGAUUUCCUCGAAAGUUCCAUUAAUAUUCUUCAAUUCAUGGUGAAGAAGGAAUUAUUAAAAUUAACUCUUAACUUCGACAGAAAUUCUGAUUGGGCAACAUCACCUAUUAAUGUUAAUGCAUAUUAUAAUGCAAAUGCAAAUGGUUUAUUUCUAUCAGCUGCAAUGUUACAAUUUCCAUUUUAUCAAUACGGCCUCCCGGUUUAUUUAAACUUUGGAUCAUUUGGAAACGUAAUUGGACACGAAAUGACGCACGCAUUUGAUGACGAAGGAAGUUUAUUCGAUGAAUUUGGAAAUUUAAGAAAUUGGUGGACCCCUAAUGUAAAAAGGAAAUUCAAGAAAAAAUCCGAAUGUUUCAUAAACCAGUACGAAACUUAUGAACCGAUACCUGGAUUAAAAGUAAAAAUAAUAUAUAUGUAUACCUUUUAAUUAUUUCUUUUUAACGUAAAAUCUUUUUGAAGAUAU